UGUGAUGGCCAUCUCCCAGGCUGUCGAAACUGCGCAAAGUCCCGCCGCGUAUGCACCGGUUACCAGCGCAAGCAUGCCUUCAUCCUGUCCAAGGACAUGGUGGCCGCUGGGCCUGGCGACGAAUCUGCCUUGCCGCCCGACCAAUCGUCCCAGCUUCUCCUGCCAGACGAAUCUGACUCGGGCCAUGUUAUGGUCUCACGGCCCCGACUCCCGCUCGAGAUCUCGGUCCACAGCGUCUUCCGCGACCGUAUCUUUGCCCUAUUUGCCGAGUACAACCUAUCCGCCGCCGAUGCCGCGCCCGUGUCUGCUAGCGAUGCCGUGCGGCAGUCCUUUGGCGAGCGUGGCGGCGACUGGCUGGUGCGCAUUAUGAGCCUGCCCGAGCUGACACCGAGCCUCGAGGACUCGCUACUGGCCGCCUGCACAGCGCGUCUGGGUCGCCAAACGAACCACUCUGCCCUUGUUCGUGAGAGCCAGCGGUUGUACGCCAAGGGCCUGUCAGCCAUGCGCCGCGACGUCUGCCGUGGCUCGACGCGGGCCAACGAGCAGAACCUCGCUGCUUGCCUAGCCUUGAUGCUGUACGAGAUCUCAGAGUGCCCUGGUGAUUCCCCCGACGGAUACAUGGUGCACUACCAAGGCGCGAUGGAGCUAAUGCGUAUCCGGGGCCCAGCCGCCCAUCAAUCCGGACUCGCCCACAGCGUCUUCCAACUCUUGCGGCUGCACAGUGUAAGUCAGACGGUCAAGUCCCGUUCUUGA